AUGGCUGGACCGAGCAUUCCGCCAUUCAUUCUAUACGGAUUGGCUUUGACGGUCGUGGUCUUUGCCGCCCUCAGAUUAUGCCGAGUGGGAAUGAGGCCCAAAGACUUUCCCCCAGGACCUCCUACGUUGCCAAUUCUGGGAAAUCUGCACCAGUUCCCGCUCAAGGACAUGCACUUACAGUUCCAAAAGUGGACGCAGGAAUAUGGGCCUCUCGUGGGACUUCAACUGGGAACCCAGCGCAUCAUCCUCCUCGGCUCAGCCAGCGCGGUGCAUGAUCUGUUAGAAAAGAGGAGUGCGAACAAUUCAACUCGAAUGGACAUUUUGUUUCGCGAAUAUGGGAAUGAUAUAAACAUAUUCUUUCGACCGUACGUCCCAGGAAUCCCAUGCAUGGCCCCUCGAACACCAAAUGAAAACCAUGAGCUCACUUAUGUCCCGCUGGUGCGAUACAGAUACGAUGAUGUAUGGAAAAGGCAACGAAAAGUCUACCACGUGCGUCUGAAUUCCAAGUUGGCCAACAACUAUCUUCCAUAUCAGGUAGGGCGACAGUCCCAGGGGUGCUUCUCAACGUCUAUCGCGAUCGACCGGAUUGAAUUGAGAAGGACCAAAGUGCUGUGUGCUAGUUAUACUGACAAGUCCAAGUAUUUCGAGACGGCUCAGCUGCUCCACGACUUGCUCGAGACGCCGGAUGACUUUCGACACCACUUUGAACGAUUUACGAUCAGCAUCGGGGCGACAAUUGCAUACGGAAAGCGAUUCCCGUCGGCUGACAUCCGAGAGGUCAAGAUCCUGACGGAGUGGUUCCGCCGGGCAGUCAUCGCAGGAGCUUCCCUUCAGUUGGCCGACUGGUGGCCGGUCCUCCGACCCAUCAUCCGAGCCGUGCCAUAUCGGAUCAACCCACUUAAGAGAUAUCUAGGAGAGUUGGAGAGAAUGGAGGUGGGCCUGUGGAAGACCCUCGUCGAUGAAACCAGGGAUCACAUCCAGAAAGGACGUUAUUAUCCCAGCUUGUGUCGUGACAUGAUACUGUCCAACGAGAAGGGCAAGGACCAAUUGAGCGAGCGUGAGCUGUGGUACAACUCCGGCCAUGCCUGGGCCGCGGCGACAGAUACGCAAUCAAACACCCUAUUGGGCUUUGUCAAGGCAAUGGUGCUGUUUCCCGAAGUGCAGAGCCGGGCGCGGAGCGAGAUUGACACGGUAGUGGGCGCCACACGACUACCUGAAUGGACCGACCGUGGAAAUAUGCCCUACUUAAGACGAUGUGUGGAGGAGACACUGCGCUGGCAGCCCACGACCCUCACAGGGGGACCGAUGCCCCAUGCCUCGAUGAAAGAUGAUGUCUACAUGGGAUAUUCGAUCCCUGCCGGAACAGGACUGAUGAACUGUGUUUGGACUAUCAACAACGACCCGGCAAGAUACGACAACCCGCGCGACUUCAACCCCGAGCGGUUCCCGGAAGAGGACUCUGGCAUGGACGCCUAUUCCAUCACCCAGAACUACGAAAAGAGACCACACCUCACCUUCGGCGCUGGACGAAGGGUCUGCCCGGGCUCCCAUGUCGCGGACCGCACACUAUUCAUCACCAUGGCCCGGCUGCUCUGGGCAUUUGAAUUCCACCACAAGCUCGACGCGCAAGGGGUGCCAAUCCCCGUUGAGAGAGAUGCGCUGACCGAGGGCUUGGUGGUUGGACCUGCUCCGUUCCAAUUGGGAAAAUUGCUCAGAUGUACCAUCAAGCCUCGGAGCGAGGACAAGGUCGACAUGAUCCGAAAGCUAUACCAAGACACUGCGAAAGAGCUUGAUCAAUGGGGGAAUUACACAGAGGAGUUCUUCAAGGAAAAUUGGACAGCCGCGGACCUCAAAUAG